AGCAUUCAUGGAUGUCACAUACCGAUUUUCUACACUGAUGUCUUGACUCUCAGUAGAUUCUUAAACCAUAGCAGUACUCAUUCAGUAAUCACGCAUCUAAGUGGCAGAGAGACUGUUGGUUCCAGCAACAUGGAGGAUGAUGUCAGCUUGAAAUUCCAUCAGCAACUUCUGCUCAUUGAUGAAAAUCUGGUGGCUGAAGAUGUAGCAGCUUUAAAAUUUCUCUGUACUGACUUGCUCCCCUUCAAAAAACUAGAAAGUGUGAAGUCAGCAGUGGACAUCUUCCAGCUUCUCAUGGCUGAAGAAUAUCUGAAUGAGCAGGAUAAUUUCCUACUAGCUGAACUCUUAUACAGAAUUAGAUGUCACUCCUUGCUCAAGAAACUUGGUUAUACCAAGGAGAAAGUGCAAGAAUGUCUGCAUGAGAAGGGAAGAGUGUCUCCAUACAGGCAGAUGCUGUAUGAAGUGGCAGAGAACAUUACCAAUGAGGUGCUGAAGGAUAUCAUAUUCCUCCUACAAAACUAUCUUCCAAAGCGACGGAUAACUCUUUCUGCUCUGGAAUUGCUGAUUUUAUUGGAAAAACAGGGUCUUUUGACUGAAAACAAUGUACAAAUGCUGGAGGAAGUCUGUAUAAAUGUUUCACCUGAUCUCCUGGAAACAGUAAACUGCUACAAAAGGGCAAAAGUGUCUUUGCCUCAACAGGAGAAUACUCUGCCAGUCAAGGAAUCUUCAUUGUCUCGCACUAGAGACAUCAGAGUAGUCACUUCCCCACAGGAGACCUCAAUCAAAUCUGUCAGUUCUAAUAUCAACGAUAACAAAGCAGCUAAUCUUACACAAGGCUUCUCUGAAAUUAACCUGGAGCUGCCUGGACAAUUCAGCAAUUUAGAAAAUGAAUCCAAGAAGAUGACAAGCUACAGAAUGGAUGGACAACACAGAGGGUUUUGUCUUGUUAUUAAUAAUGUGAACUUUGAUGGGUCUCUUCAGGAGAGGAAGGGUUCUUGCAAAGAUGCCGAGGAACUGGAGCGAGUAUUCACAUGGCUUGGUCUGGAUGUGAGGACUUACACAGAUCUGACGUCUCGGCAGAUUAAAGAUCUCAUGCAAACUUGGCAGCACUUGCAAGAUCACAAAGACAGGGACUGUUUUAUAUGUUGUAUUCUAUCUCAUGGAGAGUCAGGAGCAAUCUAUGGUAAAGAUGAGGAACUUGUAUCAAUCCGCAUGAUCAUGUCCCACUUCACUGCCAGACAAUGUCCACAGCUGGCUGAAAAACCCAAACUCUUUUUUAUCCAAGCAUGCCAGGGUAAAGAGAUACAGUGUCCUGUCUAUGUUGAAGCUGAUGCACAAGUUCCUCACUUUUCUUCCAUGCAACAGAGCAUUUCUCCUUCUGAAAGUAUUCCUGAAGAGGCUGAUUUCCUCCUAGGCAUGGCCACAAUUGACGGAUAUGUCUCCUUCCGGCAUAUUCAACAGGGUGCUUGGUAUAUUCAGGCCCUGUGCAGCAAGCUACAGUUGUUGGUACCAAGGGGUGAAGAUAUUUUGUCGAUUCUUACAGAAGUUAAUGAAGAUGUGGGCAGACGUGUUGACCGCUUGGGGACAAAGAAGCAGAUGCCCCAACCGGCAUAUACCUUAAGAAGAAAAUUUAUAUUCCCGAUACCUAGAGACCCUCCUCCUUCACAGCAACAUUGA